AUGAUACUUACCCUCCACACUCUACUUUGCAUUCUUCUCUCCCAAAUCGACACCAUGAGCUUCCACGCUUCCGCUUCCAACAUUGAGCUUGAGGAUGGCCACAUCCUCAAGGCCGUCCUCCGCACCGAGGAUGGUGACGAGCAGGAGUCCACCAUGGAUCUCAACCAGCACAUCGGAAACGACAACGGUCACUUCCAAUGGGACGGUGGAGACUUCCAGCACAGCGCAGAGGACAUCAGCUUCAGUCUCGAGGGAGACGACGACGUGCCCGUUCUCCGUGCUGUCUUGCGCGACGUCGAUGGAGAGGGACACAAUGCCGAUAUCAACCUUUCCGAGCGCAUCGGCAACGACAACGGAACUCUCGUCUUCAACUAG